AUGCGCCUCAUCCGCACUGUCCAUACGUUGUUAGAGGGACUGUUGGUUCUUGUCGCUGCCGUAGCCUUCACGUCGACCUGGACCCGGGCCAGCCCGGACCUCGGGAAGCUCACCAAACACACGAUGAAGAUGCCGUCGGAAUACAUCCGCGAGGUGUCGACUCGUGUCCAAGCCGCCCUCGUACCCAUCUUCAGCCAACACGCGCCAGAUCUCCGGGCUGCGUUGACCUUCCUUCUCGACUCGCAGAGGUCGGGCAUGGGCGACACCCUCGGGGAUGUCGGUACAACGUCCUCGUUGGUGCUCAAGUUGGCUGAGGCUCGCAUCGCUGCUGAAGACUUGAUCUCGCUAAUCGAGAGCAGCUCGCUCGAACAUCGUGAAGAAAUGCAAUUUCUGCUACUGAAGUUUGCCGACGACGCGAGGGACACGAUUCGCGCCCUUCAACAGUUGUCUGCUCGACUGCAAAGCGGCGGCGAUCGUGUUGCGGUAACGCUUGACUCCGCGCGGCGGCUACUGUCCCCGUCCCUCCACGACUCCAACUCAGCUACGUACCAUCAGUCGCCGACAAAUGACGACAGGACGACGCGCGCGUACGAAUAUGCCCUGACCACGAUAGAAGGGGUCCUGCGUUCGUUGGUUCUAUCUGCAGAAACCGCCUUCGCGAGCCUAGAGGCGCUGGAUGCCCGUCUGCUGGCGAUUGGUGAAGCAAGUGCCCUGGAAGGUUUAGCCAUCCGUCAUGCGAGAGAGGACGUACUGUACAGUUUAUGGACCUACCUUGGAGGCAACCGGGAACAGCUCAACCACUUUGACCGCGACGCAGUGGUCCUGAAUAGUGUCAGCGACUACAAGAAGCUGUCCCUCACCUACAUCCAAUCCGUUUCUCGCGCGCUAGAGGCGAUGCAAGCUGGUUUAGAUGAGACACGCCGCAUUGCGUCGGGAGCGCUGCUCAUAGAGCAACCGACGCCGCAAUCUGCGUUGAUUAUCAUUGCCAAAGGCUAUGGCAGAUUGAAGGGCGAAGCUUGGCCUGAGGGAGUUGUGGUUUGA